AUGGAGGACAGCGCUUCUGUUAAGAGAGCUGGUUUCGAUUACGAAAAUGUGGAUCAGGUUGUACGUCAUAAAACUCAACAGGAAAUGAUAAAUCGACAUGUUUUAUCAAAAACCGUGAGAGUGGUGAAUAUUCCAAACCCUUGUAAGAUGUCAAUGCGUGAACUGGUAAAAAUGUUUCUGGAGAAGAUAGUUAAAUACGAUGUGAUAAAUGAUCUAAACCCACUAAGUUGGGCGAAGCCUGCGGGAACGAAUAGACUAGGAGUUGCUUUUAAG